AUGCCAAAGUACAUUCGAGACCGCCUCGAGAGAAUGUCCAGGUACACCGGGUCCUUCAGGUACAUCGUUGGUCUAUUCUCAAACUACGUCGUCAUCAGGAGACUCGAACAGGGCCUGCAACCUCCUGAGGUCAAGAAGGUCUUCUACGAUAGGUGUUGGGCCGCCAUCAACAUCCGCAUAUCCGGAAAGAACACGAGAAACGACUUCUCCGACCUACUCGACGAGUUCAUCGACCAAUCCGGUUUCGACACAUCUCUCUUCCCUCCCAAGGUCCCCUGUCGACUCCAAGAAACAGUCACGAGAGAAAUGGAGGUAUCUGCCAAGAACUCUAUUGUCGUGCACCUGGAGGCCAAGAUCAAGGGGUUCCUGAGGUUCAGGCUCAUGAACGAUUCCCAGUUGGCAUUCCAACACCUCCCCGCGAAGGAUCGAUCGAGAAUUAUCGUCUCUCUGUCAAACGACUGUCUUGAACGAGAGAUGAGAGAAGACCUCGAUCCUGGGUACGUACCCCACGUGCUACAAGUGAGGGACCUUCUCGCACAAGUUUACUCAACCGAACCGGACGUACCAGUGCUCAAGAUCUUGAAGAAAAAGCCCCAUCUGUUCCUCGAACUGAUCAGCAUGAUCUCACGCGUUGCCGAGGAGGCGUCCGAUAACAAUAGGGCCCUCCGAGAGGAAACAAAGACGAGAUCCGAUGAGGAAAAAGUGAGGAAGGCCUUCUACAUAUCAGAGAGGAUCAAGCGAGGACUCGUGGAUCGACCGAAGAUGUGCACGGUCCUCCCUGUCUGGAAGCUAGCCCCGUGCUUUCCAUACUACUCUUCUUCCGUGGUCGGGAGCAUUUUUCACAAGGAGGGUCACGACUUCUCGUCCGUCUCAAGGUUUAUUUCCGAGCACUUCGACCUUAGGAGGGUUAAUAGGAAAGGGUACAAGCCGUCGGGAUUUCGGUCAGACGGCUACCAGGUUCAGGUGACCUUUAUGGCCCUGGUAUCCAAAAAGCCUCACGUUCCUGGUACAACAGAUCUGGCCAAGUCUGGGUAUCAGAUUGCCAAGAAGGUGGUCUCCCUGGAAACGCAAGAGCGGGGCUUGUUCGUGCUCUCCCAGGCGAGAAAGGACAGUCGGAAGAUAGUCGCUGACCGAGUUCUUGCAUACAACCUGACCGUCGUCGAUCCAGGGUGCGCUUCAGUGGUUUCUGUGAGGUCGUGUCCCCUGGAAUUCUGCAGGUGUGUCGGGAGCGUUCGCGAGAAAAGCACGGACUGGGAAAUGAAGGGAACCGAGUACUCCGUGAAGUCUGGUAGGACCAUGCUGGAAGGGCGAGAGAAGAAGAGGAGGUCGAACGACGAGUACGGGCGGUGUUUCCCCAGAUUUUCCGCGGUCAAGAAGAAGACAGCCAGAAAGUCGUCUUUUCUCGCGUACUGUCGUGUGGCGGCUGAAACGUUCAAGGUUAUGUUCGCGGAAAAGAUGAAGAGGGCGAGGAAGAGGUCGAGGUUUCACUCAUCGAGGCUUGUACAGAAGACUGUUGACAAGCUGGCUUCGAACAUAGCUGCGUGCCCUUCCGACCGCAAGAACAUCGUUCUGUUCGGGAACGGGAGCUUCAGGGCGAUGAAAGGGCACGCCUCCGCGCCUCGAAAGAAGCUCGUGAGGGCUAUCUGUUCGAGGGUGAAUGUGGGGAUGUUGGACGAGUUCAGGACUUCCAAGAUGUGCCCCGGGGGGUGUGGCGGGGAGAUGACUGACGUUCAGGGUGAUUGUAAGGCCAGGCUUCUCAUUCACACGAGAGGUCUAUUUUCGGACGAGUACGUUGAUUAG